AUGGCAAGAUCUCAACAAGAGGUGGACUGGCAAUCGACGAAGAAGACAGUGUUAGAACGAAGUCGUCAUAUGUUCAAUAAUUCGUUCAUGAGCGAUGUCGCGUUCAGUUGUGAAGGCUCAGACAAGAAAUUCUUCGCACAUAAAUAUGUCCUCGGCAUAAGUAGUGCUGUUUUUUAUGCGAUGUUUUACGGCAAGUUGGCGGAGAAGAAUUCAGUUGUUCAUCUGAGCGAUACGGACGACGAAAGUCUGCAGGAAUUUCUACGAUUUCUUUACACGGACGAGUGUAACUUGACAACACAUAAUGCCAUGUUCGUGUUGUACUUGACCAAAAAGUAUGUCGUGCCCUCGCUCGCUCAGAAAUGUGUUGAAUUCCUUGAAGCCAACAUCGCAGUAGAAAAUGUUUCCACCGUCUUGCAACAAGCACUUCAAUUUAACGAGAAAAAGCUUGAAAAGAAAUGCUUGGAACUGAUAGAUUUGAAAACAAGCGAAGCUAUCGCUUGUGAUGCAUUUACUGAUAUUAAUGAAGCGACUUUAGCGCAUAUAUUGAAGCGAGAUUCGUUGACCGUCAAAGAGGUUGAUCUUUUCAAAGCAGUUUUAAAAUGGAGCGAAGCAGAAUGUUCAAGGAAGGGAAUAGAAGCAAAUGCAAAGAACAAACGAACCGCCAUGUGA